GGUCUUGUGAGUAGCAGUUUGGCUGCUUCUCGGCCGCACGCCCUGACUUCAGCUGCUUCAAGGAAAGGACGACAGCAGGAGGGAAACAAGGAGGUCCUCAGUCUUUAAAAAGCACACUCUCGGAGAGAUGGCUGCUAUCAGGAAGAAACUGGUGAUAGUUGGGGAUGGUGCAUGUGGGAAGACCUGUCUGCUCAUCGUCUUCAGUAAGGACCAGUUCCCAGAGGUCUACGUCCCAACUGUGUUUGAGAACUACAUCGCUGACAUUGAAGUUGAUGGCAAACAGGUGGAACUAGCGCUGUGGGAUACAGCAGGUCAGGAAGACUAUGACCGACUGAGGCCGCUCUCCUACCCUGACACAGACGUUAUCCUCAUGUGCUUCUCCAUAGAUAGCCCAGACAGUUUAGAGAACAUUCCUGAGAAAUGGACACCCGAAGUGAAACACUUUUGUCCCAAUGUCCCGAUCAUUCUCGUGGGUAACAAGAAGGACCUGAGGAACGAUGAACACACACGCAGGGAGCUGGCCAAGAUGAAACAGGAGCCAGUAAAGUCUGAGGAGGGCAGAGACAUGGCCAACCGCAUCAGUGCCUUUGGCUACCUGGAGUGCUCCGCCAAGACUAAGGAUGGUGUGCGGGAGGUGUUUGAGAUGGCCACCAGAGCAGCGCUGCAGGUCCGCAAGCGCAAGAAGAGGGGUGGCUGCCAGCUACUGUGAAUGGGCGGGGCUUGUUUUGCCAAACCACCAAUCAGCACCUGAGGGAGGAGCCCCCUCCUACAGACAGAGCAAACUUAGAGAAACCUUAAAUCAAUGGCUUCCGUGGACUUUGCUUACUUCACAGAUGCAGAUAUGCCACAGGCGAAUACGAGACUGACACACCUGUUUAAAAGCAAAACAAAUCAGCCUUUUUUUUUUUUUAAACUCUCUCUUUCCUCUGCUACUCACAUCUGUCGGGUUUUGUUUCUGUUUUUUUGCUGUUCUGUUUUCCUCCACAGGCACACCAGCCUUCCUCCCUCUAUAUGUAUGAAUGUAUGUUUGUAUUUAUAUGUGCAUAUACUUUACAAAUAUAUCCCGCGUCUGCCUCUGUGUUAUGAUUGUUUACAGAGAAGCGUCUGUCUUGCUCUCACAGCUGCAAGUUGCAGCCGGUUUUAGAUUUGCGUUAAUAGUAUGGAACCCCCCCCCCCCCCCCCCCCCCCCCCCGCUUGUCUUGAAACUGCAUGUACUACUCAGUCUUCUUUGUGUACAUCAGCUUCAGCCACAAUCCUUCAUCCAUUUUCAUACCACUAUUAAUUUUACACCCUGAAAGUCCUAUUUCACCAAGUGCUGAGUCAGCAGGAGGUCUGUUUUCCUCAGCGUUCUCCUCUAACAUAAAGGACUAAAUUUAGAAUAUGUUUACACCGCAUUCAUCCACUGAAACCUGCACGUAGUGAAGCAUCAGCGACUAUUUGUGGAGAGAGAUUUUGGACUGCACCUUGCUCUGUCCCUUCCAUGGCGACAGCUUGGACUGGCACCGGAGACAGUGGUCUAUUGUCACGGACACAAUACUCCCAGUCACGCUCACACUGGCUCUAACAGUCUUGCCUCCUGUCUGAAUUCUGUACUGUUCAUUCACAUCCAGUAUACAGUCAUGACGUGAGGAUGAGUGCACACUGUAAUCUGCAGGUUUUCUGGGCUCAACACAUUAUGGAUGCACACUGUAUACAGCUAUAUUAAUAUUCAGACAGAUUACAGGCCCAUUCUGGGUAGGAAAGUUUUAAUAAAAUACCCAACUGACAACUUGAUUGGUAGUGACAACACAAUGUGCCAUCCCCUUCAGUUUGGCUCACCAGAUCAGUAGCUCUCUUGUCUAUUUUAAUUUGGGGCUUUAUUGGUGUGUAAUAGCCCUUUACUUGACACAACAGGGACAUUCCUUGAAUUUGAUUGGAAAAUAAGGAUAUGAGUGCGUAGCCAGUGAAUGUUUUUUUUCUCUUGAGAAGCCCUUAAAGAUCAUUGAAAUGGGUCCAAAUAGUGUUAUGGAGCCAGCUGUAUAAAUAGAGGGUGUCUUUGGGCUUAAAGCUGCCACUCACAGGAGAUUUGAACAAGAAAUUGCAACAGAAUUUAGAUGAAAGCCUUAGGGCCAACUUUGUCAGUGGCAAAUUGUCACGAUUUAAACCACAGUAAUUUUCUCCAGAAAUGCAUUUUCAUCACUAAGUGACAAAAUCAUUAAAGAAUUCAUCUCCCUACAGGCAGCCCUCUGACGCAGAUAAAGUAAACUUAGUUGAGGCAGUACGCUUGUGUAUGAUGGCUGAAGCAGAGAAGUGCAGUGCAUAUUCCAUAACAAGUCUUGUCAUGAAAGAGCCCCGAACACAAGUGUAUGAAAUGGUCCCAACAUUAAUCUUACCACCAUCAUAAGCUACAACUGUGGUGAUGUUUCUUUUAUCCAGCACGUUCAGAUCUAUCGAGAUAAGAACUUCACAGGGCUUGGCUAAUUCCUGGACUGUGCCUCUAUGUCUGUAAUGUCAAAAACCAUCGUUCAAGAGAAAAUGUUGAUUGUGAUGAUGCUUUACAAACAGGAGUGGGAUGUGUUGAAGACAUGAGACAAACAUGGUAAUAAAGUAUUUUUGAAAUACUAAGUAA